ACUCUACGGCUCGCGGGGCUCGUGCAGCAUCAGAUAUGUGAGUCUCGCGCUGCAGCAGGACGGCAGGUAUGGCGGGAGGACGGCGGGGUCUCGUGGCCCCUCAGAACACCUUCCUGGAGAACAUCGUCCGCCGGUCCAACGACACUAACUUCGUGCUGGGGAACGCUCAGAUCGUCGACUGGCCGAUAGUCUACAGCAACGACGGAUUCUGUAAACUGUCAGGAUUCCACCGAGCAGAGGUGAUGCAGAAAAGCAGCACCUGCAGCUUCAUGUAUGGCGAGCUGACGGAUAAAGAGAUGAGUGAGAAGGUUCGACUCACCUUCGAGAACUACGAGAUGAACUCCUUUGAGAUUCUGAUGUACAAGAAAAACCGGAUGCCUGUGUGGUUCUUUGUGAAGAUCGCUCCCAUCAGGAACGAGCAGGACAAAGUGGUCCUGUUUCUCUGCACCUUCAGUGACAUCACCGCCUUCAAGCAGCCAAUCGAGGACGACUCUUCAAAAGGUUGGGGGAAGUUCGCCCGUCUGACUCGAGCGCUGACCAGCAGCCGAGGAGUUCUGCAGCAGCUCGCUCCAGCCGUGCAGAAAGGAGAGAACGUCCACAAACACUCGCGGCUCGCAGAGGUCCUCCAGCUGGGCUCAGACAUCUUGCCUCAGUACAAGCAGGAGACCCCGAAGACGCCGCCGCACAUCAUCCUGCAUUACUGCCUCUUCAAGACCACGUGGGACUGGGUCAUCCUCAUCCUCACCUUCUACACUGCCAUCAUGGUGCCCUACAAUGUCUCCUUCAAGACCAAGCAGAACAACGUCACCUGGCUGGUGGUGGACAGCAUCGUGGACGUCAUCUUCCUCGUCGACAUCGUCCUCAACUUCCACACCACCUUCGUGGGCCCGGCCGGCGAGGUCAUCUCCGACCCCAAACUCAUCCGCAUGAACUACGUCAAGACCUGGUUUGUCAUCGACCUGCUGUCCUGUCUGCCCUAUGACGUCAUCAACGCCUUCGAGAACGUUGACGAGGGGAUCAGCAGUCUCUUCAGCUCUCUCAAAGUUGUGCGUCUGCUGCGUUUGGGUCGGGUCGCCAGGAAGCUGGACCACUACAUCGAGUAUGGCGCCGCUGUGCUGGUGCUGCUGGUGUGCGUGUUUGGGCUGGCGGCCCAUUGGCUGGCCUGCAUCUGGUACAGCAUCGGAGACUAUGAGGUGAUCGACGAGGACACCAACAGCGUGCGGGUGGACAGCUGGCUGUUCCUGCUGGGGGAGACGGUGGGGGCGCCGUACAGGUUCAACGCCUCAGGCUCGGGCCGUUGGGAGGGCGGGCCCAGCAAGGACUCGGUCUACAUCACCUCGCUGUACUUCACCAUGACCAGCCUGACCAGCAUCGGCUUCGGCAAUAUCGCGCCCAACACGGACGGAGAGAAGAUUUUCGCCGUGGCCAUGAUGAUGAUCGGAUCGCUGCUGUACGCCACCAUCUUCGGUAACGUCACCACCAUCUUCCAGCAGAUGUACGCCAACACCAACCGCUACCACGAGAUGCUCAACAGCGUGCGAGACUUCCUCAAACUCUACCAGGUGCCCAAAGGCCUGAGCGAGCGCGUCAUGGACUACAUCGUGUCCACCUGGUCCAUGUCCAGAGGCAUCGACACCGACAAGGUGCUACAGAUUUGUCCGAAGGACAUGCGAGCGGACAUCUGCGUCCACCUCAACAGGAAGGUGUUCAAGGAGCACCCGGCAUUCCGGCUGGCCAGCGACGGCUGCCUGCGGGCGCUCGCCAUGGAGUUCCAGACCGUCCACAGUGCGCCCGGCGACCUCAUCUUCCACGCCGGAGAGAGCGUGGACAGCCUCUGCUUUGUGGUGUCGGGGUCACUGGAGGUCAUCCAGGACGACGAGGUGGUGGCCAUUCUGGGUAAAGGUGACGUGUUCGGUGACGUGUUCUGGAAGGAGAUGACAUUGGCUCAAUCGUGUGCUAAUGUGCGUGCGUUGACCUACUGCGACCUCCACAUCAUCAAACGCGACGCGCUGCAGAAAGUUCUGGAGUUUUACUCGGCCUUCGCAAACCACUUCUCCAGAAACCUGCUGCUGACCUACAACCUGAGGAAGAGGAUCGUCUUCAGGAAGAUUAGUGAUGUGAAACGUGAGGAGGAGGAGAUGUUGAAGAGGAAGAACGAGGCUCCUCUAAACCUUCCCCCGGAUCAUCCUGUCCGACGACUCUUCCAGCGCUUCAGGCAGCAGAGGGAGGCACGGCUCGCCUCUGAGCGGCUCAAUCAGGGUGGCGGUGACGUGGAGAAAGGUGUCGUUCCCCUGGAGCGCCCCAGAGGCCCACAGGUCCUGGCCUCCACCAGUAUCGACAUGGUGACAGAGAGCCCCGACGCACCCACCACCUCCUCGACCUCUACGGUGUCCUCCUCGACCAGGACCUCCAGCCGAGUCAUGCUGCACGCCGCCGCCACCCAGAACGGAAAUGCGAUUAGCUGCAAAUCCGCAGAGCCAGCCAAAGCUAAAGGCUGGGGACGAUUCAAGGAAUCGGUGGUCAAGGCCGAGUCGUGGAGCAGCGUCUCAAAGGCUGAGUCCAUGGAGACGCUGCCUGACAGAACUAAGUCUCAGGACGAGGUGUCCCUCAAGAAAACCGACUCCUGCGACAGCGGCAUCACUAAGAGCGACCUCCGAUUGGACAAUGUUGGUGAUGCCAGGACGCCGCAGGAGCAGAGCCCGGUCCAGUCCGACGAUAAGAGGGUCUUCUGUCCGAUACCGGAGCAGAGCAUGCAGGCCUCUUUCCUGGAGCUGAAACAGGAGCUGAGAGGAGACAUCAGGUCGCUGAACAGUCGCAUGGCGGCACUGGAGACUCAGCUGGCUGAGAUGCUGCGACUUCUCAAGUCCAGGAAGUCAUCGGGCUCCUUCUUCGAGAUCUCGCGGCCUCCUUCCCCCGAUUCGGACAAGGACAGCUUCUCCUAAACCGGACGCCAAGUCGAUCCGCGGGAUCUCGACCCGUUCAGCCAUCCGACGGUGACAUCACACAGAAGCACUUUGUUAAGUUUGUUAAAGACGUCAAACUGGAAUAAGGACGAGGUGGAUUUUUCCUGAUUGUCGUGACGGCCCCUUUGGUCGCAAGGAGGUUUCGACUUUUGUGAGAUUUUUGGCAAUAAUAUGAUCUGGCUUUAACGUGAAACUUUGGCACUGUGAUGAAGGAAAUGCUCUUCUUGUGGUUUUGAUGGCUUUGAUCCUGUCUGCUCCAUACAGUCUGUUUAGCUGAUGCAAAGAACUUGUUCAGGGAGAAAGUGGAGCAGUUUGAAAUGAUGGUCCAUGGUUUUGUCCCCACCUCUGUGCAGGAUCUGAGCAUUUUAUAUCCAGAAUCAAUGUGAAAGAUUUAAUGCAGCACAGUGACGACACAGUGGCAUAUGUUGGACAUUUGGCAUCCGGUUAGUCUGGAUUCUUUUUAGUUUUUAUAAAAAAAGAAAUCAGUGUUUGCAUGUUUCCAAGUUGGCUCAGCUCUGAAACCCCACGGGGUUAAAAAAUCCUAAAACAGCAGUGUGAAGAGAUCAGUCACCCGAAGUCAGGCAGAACAUGUUCCAACGUGUCGUACAUGAAGGUGUUUCUAAGAGAUGGUUCUUUUAAUUUUGUACCGUACAUCGCUAAAGAGAAUUUCCAUCGAAUCUCAUCGUCCUCUGCUUUUUAUUCUUUAUUUCUUUAAAGAUGACUCCCUGACUUUCUGGUGUAAACUAAAAGCAUCCAGAUGCAAAAAGACUCAUAAGUCUGGGGCGAAUUCACAAAGAAUGGGCUGUGGCCACUGAUAGCGCCAUGAAUCGUGCAUCACCUGCAACUGAUGAUUCACUCAUUAUAUCACAGAGCAAACACGCCCAGAAAGUUCUGAGGCUGAGCUCAAUUUGUCUCCCAAGUUUAAAUGUGUGAAGCCUGAAUAACUCCCGGUCUGUUUUUAUUAAUAAACCUGACUCGGCUCAUUUAACCACAAAGAUAAACGUGUGUUGAGAGAUCAGGGAGUCAGUCCACUUUCACACAGUGAGGGUAUGUGAGCGCAUCACGAGAGUCAGACAGACAGUCAUUUCAUUCCCAGCAGCUCUGCAGACAGUGGUGACUUCGAGUCGAGUGUGUUUAUUAGCGCUGGUGUUUGUGAACUGGACUUUUUUUUUGCAGUGAGGCUCAUUUGCAUAAAAAGCACCAAAUGUUUGAAUAUUACCUCAUUUAAGUAAUGUGCAAAUUGAACCGGAGCACCGAGAUGCAGUUUUUUUUGCACUUCGCCUUCUGCUUUGAUAAUUACACAAGUGUGAGAGUUUGUUUUUGCCUUAUUUGCACGUUCAUCGGCUGCAGAAGCCUCACAGUCCUUCAGUGAAUUCGCCCUUCGGUCUGCUGAUGUGUGUUUGAGUCGGUCAGUGCCUCCUCACUGGGAUUUUUUCACCUUUUUGUUGUGAUUUCAUGCUUCGUUAGUUGCUGUGGUUACCGCAGGACGAAACAUGACGAGGUCUCCGUGUUCUCACCUCCGACAGCAGCGACUGUUGAGCAGUCAUCAUGUCCUGUGUGAGAUCACAGCAGCCAGUUCUUCCUUUAGCUAUAGCAUUUCAUCUGUGCCUCCGCCAAAGUUCCAGCGCUUCCAGUGCAGGAAACCUUAAAAACUUUAUAUGCAACAUUUCCUGUGUGAAACAUAAUUGAUUUCACUCAUCAGCUCCAACGCGCCUCGUCUGAUAUCUUGAUGACGUGUUAUCUGAAGUCUGCAUUUAUUACAGAAACACUCAAAUUAUUGAACACGCUGGCUGUGUCAGUUCAUCCACCUCUGUAAAAAUAAACCAUUGCCAUGCAAGAAAUACAGCCUGGCAGUCAAGAUUACGUAAAAAAAAAAAAAGAUUCUGAUUUAGCUCAUGCAUUUGUUCUGUUCGCACCAUGACCAAAAACUUCAACAACUUUGCAAACAACCAAACAUCAGGCAAGUGCAGCAACACAAGACGUAACAAGUCAGCUAAUAUUACUCAACAGCAAGAAGUCCAGACUUUUAUUUCACAAAGCUCUUAAUGCACAUCCACUGCACAUCUUAAUGUUCAUUGUGAUUUUCUUUUUGCUCAGAUCUGGUUUAUUUGUUUGGCUGUUGAAAUUACUUUUUAAAUAUGGCCUUUACCAGCCUCCAGUGUGACCUGAGCUGAAGAAGGAUGACUAAGACGCUCUGUUCUGAGCAGAUGAUAACGUGAAGGACGAAGCUUUCUGUGGAGCGACGGCUGCUUGGUCUGUACGGAGGUGUUUGACGAGGAGGCGGAGCCACGAGUGCUGGGGUCAGAAUAAUCCAUCGCCAGAGCAGAACUGUGAUGGUCCUGGCUCUACAGUGACAUAAAACUGACAGUUCAGACAGAUAAAAAUCGACCUAGAUCUGAUUCAGAACCACAUGUGAAAGAGGUUCAGGUUGGUCUAAAAUAAAUCUGAUUCCAUGUGAUCUGUGCUGCUCACAUCUGAGUCACAUAUGAGCAGAAAACAUACACGCCGGAGGCAAGGAGGAUGAGGAGGACCGGGCGGCAGUGUGGGAAUAAAAGAGGCACCAUUCAGAAUCACAUUGAAGCUGUAAUGUUAUUGUCAGAUAGUUGUGAAAUGUUGCUUUAUAGGUACAGCUCUUGAAUCAUUAGAAUGAGCUUCCAAACAUCUGCAAACACAUUCUUUCACAUUUAGCGCUCCAUUGUUUGUUCCUGCUGUUCUCUGUGACCUCCUCCUCCUCACACCCGUACGCACUACCGUCUCCUGAAGCUUUCCGUCUCUGAGGUCUCUCACUGGUUUCUAAGGAAACCUGCAGCUUGGGUUUACUGUUCGUCACCAUCUUUGUCUUGAGCUGAGAGAGCAACCGUCAACGCACCAAAAAUUAAACAUCCCUCAAACAUAAUAACACCGUAAUAUCUUCUACCGUUCUGUGUUUUCUAGCUGCAUCUAGUGGCCGUUAGAGGAACUCAGCUGCAAGGUAUUUGCGUAUAUUUGGACCUCAUGAACAAGUCUGCACAACCAAACAUGAAUGUAGCCUGAACUGAAAAACACUUUUGUCUUGUUUUGGAGUUGAUCUGGCCCUUCAGAGGAAUAACUCAUCCAAAAACAAGAGGAAUUGUUGGCGCUCUACGGUUUUCUAUUGAAACACGUUAAGGAGAGUGAAGCGUCUUUUGAUGGAGGCCAAACAGACGACAGACAAUAACAUAAAAACUACAAAAUGCUUUUUUUUGUGUGAAAAUGACCCUACGAACGGAUUCAAGUAACCUGCUGUCUUAAUCUGCUACAAAUAUCACUACUUUACACUUUCACAUGAA